AUGGCGGACUAUCUGGACGUCGCCUCCUACCCGUCACCGCUAGCCGGGUAUGAGAACGCCCCGCCGCUUCCCGAGGAACGGGCCGAGGACGGCAAGAGCUUCCGGAAUCCGCAGACGGGCGUACUCAGCAGCGCCUACGACAAGUUCGUCGACCCGCUGGACAACGGCCGGCGGGGCGCAUUCGACGUGCACAUCUACUACUUCCAGUCCAACCCGGCGCAGACGCGCUACGCGCGGGCCCUGUGGGAGCGCAUCCGGCGCGAGUUCCCGGAGCUGCGCAUCUACGCCUUCUGGGACCGGCCGAUCGGCCCGCACCCGGUCGCCAUGUUCGAGGUCAACCUGCUCACGCCCGCCCAGUUCGGCGCCUUCGUCCCCUGGCUCGCCGUCUGGCGCGGGCCCCUGUCCGUGCUCGUCCACCCGAACACGACCGAGCCGGACCCGGGCCGCGAGCUGAGGAACCACACGCAGCGCGCCAUCUGGAUGGGCGAGCGCCUGCCGCUGGAUCUGGAUAGGCUCCGGCAGGUUGUGCGGCCGCCCGCUGCUGCCGCCGCCGGGAGUGCUGGGUCGAGCGGCGCGGUUGCUUGA